AUGGAAAUCAUUCCCUCCAUAGACCUCAAGGCAGGCCGUUGCGUACGCCUCUUCCAGGGUGACUUUCAGAAAGAAACCGUCUUCUCCGAUGAUCCGGUUGCAGUGGCCCUCGGCUGGCAGGAGCAAGGCGCCCAGCUUCUGCACUUAGUGGAUUUGGACGGCGCCGCAGAUGGAACGCCCGCCAAUUUACCCAUUAUCGAAGCCAUCGCAGAAGCCCUGCGAAUCCCGGUCCAGGUGGGCGGUGGAAUCAGGGCAAGAGUGACCGCUGAUAGGUUGAUUGCUGCCGGAGUGGCCCGGGUGUUAAUUGGCACUGCUGCUAUCGAAAACCCUUCGCUGGUCGAGGGCCUGUGUCGAGAUUACGGAAAUGAAUCUACUGUGGUAGCAGUGGACGCCCGUAACGGCCUGGUGGCAAUACGGGGUUGGACCGAAGGCAGUCAGGUUGAGUCGAUAGACCUGGCCAAAGAGAUGGCAAGUUAG